CUCUUUCAGUCUGCGUGUUGUAGUCCUGCUGUGCGGUCCUCUCAGCCCUCUGUUGUAGCACCAAAGGGAGGAGGAGCCACCAGCACACACACACACACACAUACUCACACACACUCUCACAUCAUCUCUUCUGCACGCUCGCUGUACUCACCAGCCAGGCCCGUUUGGAGCAGGGGAGCCGAGCCGUCUCGUCGCCCAGGAUGGAUGUACUGAUGAAGGGGUUCUCCAUGGCCAAGGAGGGGGUGGUGGCCGCUGCCGAGAAGACCAAAGCAGGCAUGGAGGAGGCAGCAGCCAAGACCAAGGAAGGGGUGAUGUAUGUCGGCAGUAAGACAAAGGAGGGAGUUGUGUCAUCAGUAAACACAGUGGCCAACAGGACUGUGGAUCAGGCCAACAUCGUUGGAGACACAGCGGUUGCCGGGGCGAACGAAGUGUCACAGGCGACCGUGGACGGGGUCGAGAAUGUCGCUGCGUCGACCGGGUUGGUCAACCAGGAGGAGCCUGUAUACGAGGGAGAAUAUGGUGGAAUGGAGCAGGGUGGGGAAGGAGGAAAGGGCUAUUAAUCGUCAGCAGGACCUUCCCUCCCGUGCUCUUCGGCGUCCCCUCGCUCCCCUGGCCUCGCUGUACCAGACUUCAGAUGUCCAACUUAUUUUUUUGUGACUUUACAGAACCAAAAUCAACUAAAACAGACUCUUCCGGAUGCCGCCCCAUUGCCCCUAUCCCCCCUUUGUGAUCUCCGUGAUGCCUCUCCUCAGCAGCUCUCUGCCACUCGUCCUCACGCUGACUCCUCCCCCCUGAUUUCCUGCAGCCUGUAGCUUCUCCUCCACUGCCCGUCUUGCCCUCGUCUCACCUGUGUUAGUGUCGUUCCUGAUAUGAACCCUGGUGUUGUUACAGCCCCUACUCCUACCAACUAAUAGGGAAUCCUCACACACAAACACACACACACACGUACACAAAGACACACCUUCAUUUGACACGUGCAUGAUACGCACAUACAGUACAUACCAAUGCCAGCAUAGACGCACACACUGGGCAAACAUGUUUAUUGUAGGAUAUUUUGGUUGUAUGAAUCCAGUUCAGCCUCUGCAGUCCACAACAAUAAUAACUCACUAAGUGACUGAGGCAGGGUGUGAGAGGUUGUGUGAUCUGCUUUCUGUGUGCCUGUGUGUUCAUGUUAACUUAUAUACGUGUGUGUGCAUGUGUCAAAUAAAUCUCCAGAGGCUUGUGCAGGGAAUCAUGCAUUGAGGACAGAUAUCAUUCUGUUUCGUGUGCAGUAGUGAGUUAGUUCGUUGGCUCCAGUAGACCGCAUGAACAGAUGUGUAGAAUGACUUGUCUCGUGUUGUAACUCUACAGUAGCAGAUGUUCUGUGUAGCUUCGUAUGGCUUCGUGUGUGUUUGGCCUCAAUGUUUAGAAACAGGGUUUUUAACCAGGAAGCAAUACCCAAUGCUCAUCUUUCCUCAGCUGUUAGAGCGGAAACUUGAAUUGUGUUCAUGUGUUGCAUGAGAAAACAAGAGCAGUUGUUCCACAAGUUAUUUCAAACACGAGAGGAAUUUCUGGUGAAAUGAGCUGAUCAUGCUUAACAAUACAAUGAAAACAAUUAUAUUUGAUUGCAAUAAAAAAAACAUCUCGGGUUUGAAUAUUUCCCUCAAUGUAAAGAUCAAAUAGCUUCGAUGAAGAAUUCAAACAAGCUGGUAGAGAAUCUACGUCUGACUAUUCUUUUUUAAAGGGAAACCUGGAAAACGGAAUGUUUUCAGGGACGUUGGAGCAGCUGAUACUGAUCACCUCUUGUCAUCGUCUAGUUGCUUUUUAGUCUUUGUGAAACUGGUUUGCAUGCCAUCCGGAGAAACAACGCAGUGUGGUAAUUAGUCUCUUAGUUAUUUGAAUUGCUGUGUUAAAUAACAUUGAUUCAGUGAGGGAAUCGGAACUCGAAGAGAAUGAAGGUUUGGGUUUUAUCAAGUAUUACCUUUAUGUGUAGUCCUGUGUAUAGCUUGAAUUUUGGGAUGUGUACUUGUUUUAGGGUUGUUAUUUUCAUAUUUCCCACUAACUAGUCUGAACCCUGGCUGUUCUGAGGAUCCCGCACAUCAACGGUCUCAGCCAAUCAGAGGAUGCCCUUCUCCUCUCAGUCAGUGUGAUGCCACCUUUCACUGCUCAUCUGCCCGUCAUCAGUGUGUGUGUGUGUGUGUGUCUGUCUGUAUGCACUGUAUGUGUGUGGGUGUGUUGCGUUAACAUAGAACCGGUUCAGCCAGCAAAGUGUGUGUGUUUGUGUCUGGAACAGGUUAGGGUGUUUUUACUUUGAGGCCAAUGGAAACUGAUGACUGCAUGUUGCCUUAUUAAGCAAACUGACAUUCACACACUGACUACACGUUGCACCACACCUCUAACAACACACACACACACACAGUACACUUUAUAUAACUCGCAAUUACAAACCACACCAACACUAAUCACCAUGUUUAUGUUGGCAUCAAAGCAGACUCGCUGAUUUUAUAAACAGUACCAGUGAAAUUAAAAAGGUUUUGUUGAAAUCCA